AAGACGCUUUAUAUUUUCGCUUCUCUUAUGAAGUGUCAAAAUGAACGAAUUGUCGUUUGAAGUAAACAGUAUGGAUAUUUGCCAAUUGACUUCUUUAUAAAAUAUGUUUGAAAUCGUUUAAUCAAGAGUUAAGUUUUAGUGGUUAAUAGAAACCUUUUAAAAUGUGGCCCAUGCUGCUCAAUAUGACACGCGACGAAUGUCGCCUCACGCUUCGCAGACUCGAAUUGGAAGCCUACUCGAAUAUGAUCAGUGUGUUUAGAGCACAAGGAGCAUUGGAAGACAACAGAAAAAAGCUAUUGGAAGAACUGCGCGCCGUUUUGCAUAUAAGCAACGAUCGGCACAGCGCUGAAGCGCGCCGCGUGUCUAAUGACGAGUUAUUAGCCACAAUUGCUGAUCAGUUAGCAGGCCCCAACACUGGCUUAGCAUGGAUCAGCGAAGGACGAAGACGGGUGCCUUUGAUGCCCCGAGGAAUUGCCCAGACUAUCUACACAGAAAUAGCUGACAAAGCUGCUGAAGCUGCAGCAGCAGAAAAUAAAGAAAUCCAGAAAAGACUGGAAGCUGAGAAACUAGUUGCUCCCAAGUCUAAUGAGGAAGAAAUGCCUGAUGCCGAGGGCCAAACAGCUGAGAGUGCCCUCGCAUCUAAUGACGCAAUGGAUGAAACUGUAUACCCUCCCGUAGCCAUGGAAGACCAGACAACUAAAAUUUGGGAAACUGAAUUAGCAAGCCGAAAGCGGAAAGUUCCAGAGGGAGGUGCAAUACCGGAAGAUGCCACCACUCCUGUUAAAAAUAUGAGGAACAUUCCUAUGAACACCAACCAGAAACACUUGAAUUUAUCACAGGUGUAUUCCAAAUUCUCGCAACCUGCCACAAGUAAACCAUCAGGACAGUCAAAGCACUCAUAUAAUCAAGUAAGCAAAGUGUCCACCAGUAAACCCAGUCAAGGUCAUGGCCCACGCACAACGCCUCACAAGAGCAGGUCUCACAAAAACAAAGGCCCGCAGAUAGUUGUACCUAAAUCUCAAAUGAAAAAACAAGAACUGGCAGUUUAUCCUAGCAAACAGUACAACCCGACCUCCUUACAAAUGGAAUAUUCAGGUCCGCCUAACACCUUCCAGGCCAGUUACGCCCAAUCUAUAUUAGGUAAUAAAACUAAACAAGACUACAUGGAUGAAAUAAAGCCUAAAGUAUUGUCUUCCCCUGGUAUGGUGACGGACUCGCCGACCAUGCAGCUACUGACUCAGCCGGCGACAGUGCCGCACGAGCUCGAGGUCUCUGAGAACGCGCACCCCGACGACCCCGCCUCGCUACAAGCGCAGAGCACGCCUGUCACCAAACACACCAUAUCCGGAAAGCCUUGCCAACUUAUUAUAAAGAAUCGCGGAGAAAUUAGCGCAGACAAAAAAGUACAAAUGUCUGACAUAAAGUUAUUACAAAAGCCCACUGAGGGUAUUAAACUUUUAUCUAACAGACAAGUUGUUGUCGCGCCAAGCUCAGCUCAAAAAGCAUUAAUCACUCCAACCAAACUCGUUACUACUAAAGUAAUCGGAUCAAUACCCAAGACACGAAAUCCCAAUACACCACUUAUGACUGAAAAAAUGAUUGUGGUCUCGAAACCAAUGUCAGAAAAUAGAAACAUGCCCAAUUCUAAAGUAAUAAUUACUUCAGCCGUGAGUACGCCGCACAAAGACGGCAACUCGGCAAGUACAAACAGCAUAUCAAAUAAAUUAACAGAAACGCUUACACCUAAGGGCAUUCCUGCCACUGAUCUGAAGGUGUCUGCUAAAGCAGUCGUUUUGAACCCUAAAUCAGGACAAAAAAUGGUCGUCCUGCCUGCAAAAGCUAGAACGAAAUCUGGGAAUGAGGGCCAGUUACCGCUCAUACAUUUCAAAGGUUUAUCAACUGCUAUGAAGUUAGUGCCAGUAAGCUCACAAUCCAUUACACAAAUUACAAAGACACCCGCUGUGACUGUUAUGUCUAAGCCUACAACCGUCAGCUCAAUCCCCUCCAGUACUAAGCUUGUUGGUGUAGAGACAAUUAAAACAGCAAACCUUGCGGAUAUUGUGCCGGUAAAGGGACUAGCACCUGUAACAACACCUAAAAUAUCAAAUCCUAUCGUUCGACCAUCUAGUGCAAAGGGUAGUGUAAUUGUAGUACAAAAGGGAACACCAAUAGGUAAAGCUUUAACUUUUGCUAAAAAUGGGAAUGACAUGUCUAAAGUAAUAAUGGGUAAAAACGUCAAUCAAUUAUUGCAAGCGUCGAAGUCUGAGCAAGCCGAGGCCGCCAAGUGUGCCGGCAAUGUAAUCGUUUUAGAGUUGAACAACGAACAGACAGGUCGCACCACCACUAUGUCAGAAAUAUUAGACAGCCGAAGUAACGCGCCGCGCACUUCUGACGAAAACAAAAAAAUGUCUCAAAUCACCCCCGACACACCGGUACUGUUUGACAACCGAAUUACGGAGGAGACUUGUAAUGCUAGCAGCUUAGACUCGACUACCGAAAGCAUAACCGAAAUGGUACCAAUAGAAGACACUGGUUUGUCAUUACUAGAAAAGGAUGAUGGCAAAUCAGAUUUUGCCAAGGAAUCAGAACCAGUGAAAGAUUCGUCGAGUGUCACUGAUUGGGAAAUGGAAUUAGAUACAGUAUCGAGAAAAGGGAAAAACGAAGACAAAUUAAAUUCAUUACACCUAGACCUAGGCAUGUCCAGUGACAGUGACAGUGAGUACAUGUCCACCAGUCACGAAACAAAAACCAAAUCACAGGAGAGCUUGCAGCGGGCAACACCAAGUGGUGAGGGCAGCGAAAUGUACAGCAGUUCGAGCGCAAUGACCCUCGCAACGCGAACGUUACUCAGCCAGCUACAAGACGACGGUUCGUCAAGUAACGAUUCCUCAUUCGCCCUCAAAACAAAAAUCGAGAAACUAAAAGAGAACGAUUCCAAACUGGAUAAGUCAGAAUCAGAAGCUCUUACAAAAGCGAAAGAGAAACUCUCUGAAAAAGUGGCGGAAGCAAAAUCACAGCAAAAGAGAAUAGACAUCUAUAGCACCGCAAUCACCACGUCUGAUAUAAAUUUAGAUUCGUUCUCGUAUCUCGAUGAGGGCGACAUGAUGGCGGGGGACGAUGUCUUCGCCACGGUGGAGGCGAAGGCGCGCGAGUCGAGAAGAGCCGACGUGCUCGACGACCAACUGAGCCGACUAUUAGGCGAAGACUCUGCUAACUCGACUGACUCACAAACUGUAAGUGAAAGUAUGCCUUUAAAUAAAUAAAUAAAUGAGCAAUAACGUAGGUUAAAUUAAAAUAAUGGAACCUGUGGAAAAUAUCUUUAUUAAAAUGUAAUGAACUCUAGACUAAGCGCGGACAUAUAAUGUGAAGUGUAAAGUGGUGACAGUGAUGGUCUCGUGGGAGGCGUGCUCAUAGUGCCCUUUUGUUUGUUCUGUUAAAUAUACAGUUUUAAAAGGUGUUUGUAUACUAUCUGGAUAUUACAUGUUUCCCUUCAUAAUAAAGAGGCUAACAUAUGCAAAAGUAAAAUUAGUUAUUUGAAGAUAUUCUCAUAUUACCUAGAUACACAAGUUGAAUAGCUGUUUAACUGAUAUUUAUAUUUAAAACUAAAACCGUUUUCAUUUGACAUCAUGCAAUACAAUCCUAUAUUAAAAAGUCACGUAUAUGGUUUGGGAAAUAAAACAGAACAUGACACGAAUAUCUCAUUUAUUGGUUUAAAGUAAUACAAGUUUGCAUUUGCUUUGUUAAAUUCAUAAUCAAAAUACAGUAACUAGAAAUAUCUGUAUUAUAUCUAGCCUACUGUUUACGUGCAUGUCAGUAAGAAAGUGCAUUAAAAAUAUGUGCAUAUUAUUUGUAUUAUAAGUUCACGUAAUGAUAAUGUUUACGUACAGUCUACAAUAUGGUAAUAGGUUUCAAUAGGUCACAUGUGUGUGAUUAUUAUUUUAAGUAAAAUAAUGGGACCAACUGCCUUUACGUAGUUCAUUGUUAACAGUGGUCCCUGAUAACAUUACUUUCUGGAAUAUGUAGGAAUUAAAAGUAUAGUUUUAGUUUACAUGGCAACUUUGUUAUGAAGAAUUUAUUCAUUACGCACAAAUUAUUUCUAGCCUUUAGUUGUUGAUAUACAUGUUACUUACCUUACAGGCUUGCCUACUAACAAAAUCACUAUUAUUGUUGAACUAUUGUAUCGAUUCAAACCAGCUAUUUAGUUUAAACAUAGAUUACUUAUACAUUUGUUAUUUCAAUAAUAGAAAUGAUUUCAGUGAACUCUUUUAAGAUAGCCUAAAUGCAAUAACAGUGAAAUCAUACAUUUCAUUGUUUAAAUUAAAUUUCUAGUUUUAUGUCGAUUUAUUGAAGAGACUGCCUUUAUUAGUAUCUGUUGUAUAAGUUCAAAUAGAACAGCAAUAAAACUAUACCUGCUACUCACUGUUGAUAUAAUUCACAUACCAUUUAAGUAAUAUAUAGAUUGAUUUUAUUUUAUAUACAUUUCCUUAUAGGUUUGUCAUAAUAGUAUCACCUGUAAUUUUAAAUCACAUUAUUUAUUUAUCUAGUUGUUCACAGUUAUUACUACAAUAGUAUAUUUAUAAUAUACUUGGGUUGCAUGUUAACAAUUUACUAAAUAUGUAUAGCAAGCAUAUAUUAUUUUUAAUUUUCACAACAUACUAGUGUACAUAAAAUUGUAUCAUAAACAGUUUAAUUUUAUAGGAAAAUCGAUAUGUCAAUAGCCAAUUGUUAAGUAGUAAGUACAGUUAGGUAAAAUAUACUUAAAGCAUAAGAGAUUUAAAAGCAAUAACUAUCUAGUUCUAUUGAAAUUCUUUGAGUCAGUAAUAUGCAUUUGUUGAUGCUAAAUUUCUAAUUAGACACGUUUUUACGGGUGUUUUAACUUUAACGAAAAUUGUUAGCUGUAUAGAAGUCCCAGGAAUAGGGCACCGAAGAGCUGCGCUUUACUAUUGAACAAUAUGUUCAAUUUUGAUCCUCAGUACGUACAGAGAAAACUGACAUUCUUCAUUCACUUCAUUGAUACUCAGAAAUAAAAAUAAAUAUCCUAGCUACCGCUUCGUCGGUCUCAUUUCAGUGAUACAGGUACAUUUAAAUCACAAAUAGGUUUAUUUAUAUUUGUUAUUAGAAAAUUGUACUACUUGUACAACUUUACUAUUUUGGGUUAUAAUAAUACAUAUUUUUUUAAAUAUGGUGGCAAGGGCAGCAAAAUUAACAUUCGAUGGGAACAUAUAUUAUAAAGUUAACAAUUUUCAAAAGCCCGUAUAGAUGUGAUUGUAAACUAAAAUAUCAGAAAGUAAAUGAAAGAUGUUCAUAAGUUUAUUAUUUCUCAGCUACUAAAGUCUUAAUCGUUAUAUUGUGGGGUCCUUAGCUAUUAGCGCGGAAGAGUCUCUGCUAACACUCUAAUCGAAGUUGGCAAAUUAUAUUCAUCAGUUUUAGAUGUGGUUUGCUGCUUGUAAGGUCUUUUAAAUGUUACUAAAAAGGCGUAGCAAUCACAGGGCCUGCACUAAGAAGGCCUACGUAACAACAAAACAGUACUUUGUUAUGUAUUUGUUGCCAUACAAUAAUGAAUCCAUCUAAAUAAGUAAAUAUUUUACUUAGAGGGUAAUAGCAUUCACUGAAGGAAGUGCAACAUACAUAUUCAACAAUAGUACGCCUAUUCAUUUAUCGAUAUAACAGUUUAUGAAAAUAAUAAAUAGUGUAAACAAACACAAGAUUGCUGUGUAUUGACAUAUUUCCAGUGUAAUUUACCAAGGGAAAUUAUGGAUCAGGCAUGGGUCGAGGCUUGCAGACGUGGGGAGAUAUUCAGUGACAAAGGCAUAGUCUAGUUACAAUUUUUAAAAGGGUGGUGCUACGUGAUACUUACUUAUAUUCUAAUCAAUCCAAGCUAUAGUGGUUGUGUAUAAUUUAUUUAGACAAGAAUGUCACACUGUCUAAUGUGAUGUUUGUAUUUAUUGUUAAUUUGGGGUUUCCAAAUUUGCAUGUCCUUGAUCUUUUUUCAAAGGAUAAUAAUCACGUCAUCGUUUAAUUUAGAAAUUAAUUGUUUUGUGUACCCUAGACAUGUCCUAACUGAUAGAAGAACCAAUAAUUGGAGCUUCUUGCUAACAAAUCUUCGACACUCGAGGUGUGUAUAAUAAUGGUACAUAUUUCUUGCUUUAAGAGAAUGUUUUACAUUCUAAAGAAAUGUGCCAUGAAUAGGAAGUAAUUUGUUCUAUAAAAUUUGUACAUAAUAAUGUUAAAAUAAUUAUUUUUGUUGAAAAUAUCAUUGACGUUUGUCAACUUUAAAACUAGAAUAUUUUGUAUCAUAAUAAUAAUGUACGAAAAGCAUUUUCGGUAAUUGAUGUAUGUCCUUCAAUAAACUGGUUUAUUUUAGAGAAAUGUUAAUAGGUUUAUGUCGGUAUUGGAUGCAGGUGAAUAUGCUUAAGAUUGUUGCCACAAUUAUAUAAAAUUGUGGAUGAAAUGUGUUCCCUAUUAUUAUGUAAUGUUUCCUUUAAGGAGUUAAGUAUUGUACAUUCAUGUUAAAUUUCGAGGCAAUGUUAACGAUUGACCUGCAUCGGCAUGUUUAAUAAACUUAGGAUAAGGUUGUUUAUUAGUUUCGUCAGCUGUAAAUAUUUUGCGUAGAAAUACCUAGUACCAUCGUAGAAUCAAACAUGUUGAUACAAUUUUCUGUGUUUUUCGCAAGUUUAUUCUAUCUACUUAUUUUAACGAAUAAAAUUUUAAUCGAA